AAACCCACCCGCGAAAAUGUGCUCUUGGUGAAAUAAAAUGUCGAGGUCCAGAAUGACAUAAGAGAAAGAAUAACAGUUAUAUAUAUACAGUAGUGGCUAAUCAUGGCUCCUUCACUGAGCCAACCGUGUUGAUUUAUAUAGUAGUGACAACGCAGAGUUAUCUCUGUGAAGCGAACACGGUGGUUUUUAAGGGUUGAAGACUCCCCAAUUCAACCAUGACAUCAGAAAAAGUUCCUGCACCGGUACUCAAAGAUGUCGUGGCGUAUGUGGACGUGUGGUCGGCGAGUAAAACGGAGAAUUACUCCGAUCCCUUUAUUCAACAGCUUCGGGAUAUGGGCGCUCAAGUGUGUAAAACACUCAACAAACAAGUCACCCAUGUAGUGUUUAAACAUGGCCAUCAAGCCACGUGGAAUAAAGCGAAGAAAAUGGGUGUGAAGAUCGUGUCUGUCCACUGGGUGGCCAGGUGCAAAGAGAACUGCGAACACGCCGAUGAACACCUCUACCCUGCUUACAAUGAGGAGUCCCAGCUUAGUCACUUGAAAAAGAAAACACACCGAUGCAUGCAACCCAGGGACAUUCCUCUAAGCACCCCUAAGCGCUUGAAGAGAAAGCUAGACAAAAUGAUGGAAGAACUGGCCCGCUCUUCUCCCGUAGAUCCAGACACAUCUCCGUUCAUUAUUGAUGAGGAGAACGGGAUAGUGUACAGUCCUUCUUCUAAAAGGGCUGACACCAUGGCUCAGCGGCUGAGGGAAAUGAGAGCACAGCGAGAGAAUCUCUCUCCUACUGCUUCUCAAAUGCAGGGCUCACCAAUGGAUGACUCUACAAGGCCAUCUUUUGGGGGCACGCCCACAGACUUAAACCUACUGCUAUUGGAGGAAGAAGAGGAGGCUUCGGAUUGUUUGUCCCACACCGGUGAGAAAGAUUUGCACGAACAGCACAAAAAAUUUCCGACUAAGAAGACGUCUAACAGACAUGUUGAGAAGACACCUCCUGACUUGGAUGCGGGUGUGCGGUUCAGCUCUUCAGGUGUUAAACUACCAGUUAAAGUCCCACAAAAUAAAAAGCGAAGCAGAUCCUGUUCGGAAGUGACGAAACAGUCUUCUUUAGAUUGUUAUGUGAAUGCGGUAUCGUCAAAAAACCCAGCUUCACUUAUGUUAUCUGAGCCUAAAGCCGGAGCAACAGAAAAGCCUAGACAGUCAUUAGGCAAUAGGGAAAAAUCCCAAAUCAGUUCCUCUGUGAGCAGUAUGGAAACUGGAGUAAGCCAAAUUCCUCAAAGCAGAAAAGAAAUAAAGACCUACAGUGACUUGGGUGAUCGUGACGGAACACGUUCGCCGAAAUUUGCUUAUUCGUCUAAAAGCAAAGACCUGAAGAUUAAGAAGGUGUUUGAUAAAAAAAAGCAAGCGGACGUGCCUGGUUCUGGUGACCGUUUCGAUGCUCGUAACAAUAACGACAAUGACGACAAUGACGACAGCGUGUUCGAGGACUACUUCACUUCAGUCAACGACGCACCAAAGCGGAAGGUCUUGGUCGUUCACUCGGCUUCUGACGCAGAGCGUUUACCUUCUUUCGACCUGGAGCCUCUGAACAGAACAAGACGUAAGAACCGUUUGCAGGAAAAUUGCAGCAGGAACACCAAAUCCAACACCUUAAACAAUGGCGGCAUCCCGGAGGAAUCGGGCCCAGCAGAGGAAGAAGAGUUCCCUGCACGUAUGGGUGCAUCUCUCCCGGUUCCCAAGGAGUCCGUAUUUGAGAAGCCUGAGCAAGAGCCUGCUGCAAAGAAACAGAGGAGGAGAACCAAGCAGAACUCGUUUACUCUUUCAGAAAGCACACACAGUAAAAGCACUUCAGAUGGGCUCACUGACAGAUGUACUGAAUUGUGUAGCGACAUGAACACAAAACGGAUUGUGAAAAUGGAUAAGUACAUGAAGAAGAAUAGAACGUUAGUAAUGACUAGCAUGCCGACUGAGAAACAGCAGACGGUCAUACAGGUGGUGAACUCUCUGGGCGGCUUCACUGUGGUUGACACUGUGUGUGAGAGCACGACGCACGUGGUGUCCGGGAGUCCACGACGCACCCUCAAUAUCCUACUGGGCAUCGCACGAGGAUGCUGGAUUCUCUCCUUUGAAUGGAUCUUAUGGUGUCUGGAGCACCGGCAGUGGGUCCCAGAGGAGCCGUAUGAACUAUCUGAUCAGUUUCCUGCUGCACCGAUCUGCCGGUUACAGCAGCAUCUUUCAGCCGGAGAGCAUCAGCAGGAUCUGUUCCGUGACCAGCCACUCAUGUUUGUGUCGUCGUUGUCUCAGCCGCCCUGCCACAGUCUCACGGAGCUCGUCCAGCUGUGCGGAGGUGCCGUGUGCAGGAGCAUUCGCCAGGCCGGCAUCUGCAUCGGGGAAUACAAAGGCAAAAAGCCUGAAGAGACCAAGUGCCUAUCAGAACAGUGGAUUCUAGAUUGUGUGACUCAUCACGUGCUGCUCCCAUAUGACCACUACAUUCUGGAGUAAAGAGACAGUGUGUGAUGGUGACAUUUUCAUGUAAAUGGAAUACUGUGAAUUUCUGGCAUAUACCAUAUGCGCCAUACAGUAUGUAUGUUUAUAGUUUGUGUGUAUUUUAUGAGUAUUUUCCUGUUGUUCUUUACUGUGUAUUAGAUAUUGUUUAAAUAAAACAAGUCAUAAGGCUUAUAGCCAGGGAUUGAUUUGAAUUCAUUUACGAGUAC